UAUCGCCUGUGUCAAUCUAGACGAAUAUUACUUCAACGAGAGAUGUUAGUAAGAAUUAAUUGUUAACGUUUUAAAUUGCUCCAAACGAACUAUUUAUGAUCUAUUAAUUCAGGCGUAGUCUGUUUAAAGUGGCAAACGAAUCAGGAUUGUUGCAGCGUUUAUUAAUUCACUUUACUUGCCCAACUUCGCAACUCUUCUCCAAGACUUAUCUGUAUGGCUGAAUAGGAUUUGAAAUUACAAAUCAAACAUGAAGUUCGCGGAGCAUCUUUCCGCCCAUAUUACGCCUGAAUGGCGUAAACAAUACAUUAGUUACGAGGAAAUGAAAGCCAUGUUGUAUACGGCCGUAGAAGAGGCUCCGUCCGUUGAGGUCGUGGAGCAGGAAACUAUAUCUCGUCACUUUGCGUCUUUCGACGAAGUCUUUUUCACCUUCUGCGAUCGCGAAUUAAAGAAAAUCAACACUUUUUACUCCGAGAAGCUGGCGGAGGCAACGAGAAAAUACGCAGCAUUGCAAAGCGAGCUAAAAAUUGCAUCCGAAACGCAUCAUGGCGGAGGAAAGAAUCGCGUUCGAAAUACUACAAAAGCUCAUCUGCCUGCUCGCAAACUGAGGGAGCUAAAACUAGCUUUCUCAGAAUUUUAUCUCUCGCUUAUACUUCUUCAAAACUACCAAAAUCUAAACCAUACCGGUUUUAGAAAGAUACUAAAAAAACAUGACAAGCUCUUGUCCGUCGAUACUGGCUCCAAAUGGCGAACAGAAUUUGUGGAAACUGCACACUUUCACACGUCAAAGGACAUCGACAGGCUUAUUCAGGAGACGGAGACAACGGUUACCGCUGGCCUCGAAGGCGGCGACAGGCAAAGGGCUAUGAAACGACUCCGUGUGCCUCCUCUUGGAGAACAUCAAAGUCCUUGGACGACUUUCAAAGUCGGACUAUUCUCUGGAAGUUUCGUUGUUUUGUUCGUCGCAGUUGUGCUGUCGGCAAUAUUCCACGACGGCGGCGAACGUCUCAAGGUUGCAUUUCCCUUGUAUCGAGGACCCCUGCUCGUUAUUCAAUUCCUCUUUCUGAUGGGAAUCAAUGUCUACGGCUGGCGAUCGUCGGGUGUUAAUCACGUUUUGAUAUUUGAGCUCGAUCCGAGGAAUCAUUUGUCAGAGCAACACCUGAUGGAGUUGGCAGCUGUUCUCGGCGUCGUUUGGACACUGAGUUUACUCAGUUUUUUAUAUAGCUCAAGCCUGAGCGUUCCGCCUUACGCGAAUCCUCUCGCACUGGUCGUCAUCAUCAUAGCCUUUCUGUUGAAUCCUUUCAAAAUGUUUCGACACGAGGCACGAUUUUGGUUGCUUAAAAUAACGUUUCGUUGCAUCUCAACGCCAUUACUGCCCGUCAACUUUGCCGAUUUCUGGCUGGGCGAUCAAUUGAACAGCCUAUCGACUGUGUUUUUGGAUUUUCAUUUUUUGAUAUGCUUCUACAUUACAAAUGGAGAUUGGUUCGAAGCCGGUGAUACGCAACAGUGUUUGUCUGGGGCUUACAUCAUUAGAUCGAUACUCAACUGCCUUCCUGCUUGGUUUCGUUUUGCACAAUGCAUUCGCCGAUAUCGAGAUUCAAAGGAAGCUUUCCCACACUUGGUCAAUGCCGGCAAAUAUGCCACAACGUUUCUCGUCGUUAUAACAAACACCUUGCGAACGCUUCACGCAGAUGAAUAUACCAAUCACUGGGAUAGUCCUUGGCUUUGGCUCUGGGUAGUGAGUAGCCUGAUAAACUCUAUUUAUUCAUACACAUGGGAUAUCAAGAUGGAUUGGGGACUCCUGGAUAGUAAUGCUGGUGAAAAUCGAUUCUUACGAGAGGAAAUUGUAUAUUCCACAGGGUUCUAUUACUUUGCAAUCAUAGAAGACUUUGUUUUGAGAUUUGUAUGGGUUCCGACCUACAUACUGACACAGUACGGAUAUGUUCAGUCCGAACUGAUGACUUCUAUCAACGCUCCUUUGGAAGUAUUCAGAAGAUUUAUCUGGAACUUCUUCCGUCUCGAGAAUGAGCACUUGAAUAAUUGCGGUAAGUUCCGUGCUGUCAGAGACAUUUCUGUCGCACCUAUAGAAAGUUCCGAUCAGACGCAAAUCAUACGAAUGAUGGAUGAAGAGAACGGAGUAAUAAAUCGAGGAAAGCGCAAGGGUGGAGGUAAAAAGCAGACCGCUGUCAAGGAGGACAAGCGUGCGUUGUUGAAAGAGGAAACAAUUGAUAUAGAUGUCUCUAACGCUAGUUGAAUUUGUAUUUAAUAUUUUUAUUACACUUGAAAGCGGGAUCAAGUACUUUUUAUUUCAUUAUAUUUCAACUUUUGCAUUAAGCUCAUUGAAAUAGUCUUCUGUUUAUUCUAGAUUCAUCGAAUAUAGUACCACUUAUUUUUUAAGCGCAGCAGAUCUUUGAUCGGAAAUAUCUUUCGAUUAAUUGUAGUUAGUUUCGUGCAGCCAAUUUUUGGAUUUAUACUUAAAUUCAGUACAAGAUUAUAAUAUACGAGUCUCUGUAUUAUACAUAUAUUAUGGAAAAUGGUUCGGCGUAUUCAAGGCUGAGACACGUGAUUGAAAUACUGUGUUUGAUGUGCACAAUGAUGCUGCUUAGAUUCUGUGGAAUUUAUUUUAAACUCGCAUUGUUAUUGCCAGCAUAAAAAUUCGCUCUUGUUUUCACAUUAUUCUGAAACUGACAAUAAAUUCCACAGGAUCUGGUGAACUUUCUCAUUCUAGUGCUGAUAUUGCGUACUGAAUUAAAACAGAAUUAAAAUCCUUGAAUAAAGCAACGACACGUGCGAAUAUGUGUUACAUUCCACUAAAGUUUUAUGAAAAAUUAAUAAUUUAAGGGUAAAUUGUCAUUUAUAUUUUUGAAUACUUACAUGAAGCGUUAUUUCAAGGCUUAGGUGAUUUUUAUUUUUUAGUUACGUACUUCCUUUUUAGCCCCACGAGUUUAUACGAGUAAUUAGAAGAUAAACUAGUUUUUACAUAACGCGGCCAUACGUAAUUAAUAAUACAAUAUGAUGCUGAAACUAUCAGGCAACACGUAUGGAAGGCUUUCAGCGAGUGAGCAAACGAUAAAGAACCUUUUUGCCUGUAGUACCUGAUAGUUUCAGCGUCAUUAAUGAGAAUGCAUGUUAAACAUGCAUUAUUUUUUCACCCUCUAUUCCAGAUUGCAACGAAACAAAUACUAACCGAUAUCCAAAGAUUUCAUUGAAUAAUUAUUAUUACCUCUUAUUACACAAAAAACAGCAAUAGUUAUUAAAUAGAGAAUAAUCAAACUUCACAUGGGGUACGUUGGCAAGUUUAUUAUGGACAAUAACUUAUAAUUGUUUCUCCGACAGCUGUGUGAAUUUUCCAAGUAUUAUAGAUUAAUUUUCCUCUUGUCUAUAAGAUGAUGCUUUCCAAUUUGACUAAUUGCGUUGACAAACUUAUUGUGUAUGAUAUUAUUUUACGUGAAUUUAUUUAACACAUUCAAGUUUCGUUCGGAUACAUGCACCUAGUAACUGUGUAAAAUGGAAUUCAUGUAUCCGAAUGUAUAAUUAUAUUCAGAAUUCAGUGUGAGAUAAAUUUGUGUAAAAUAAUGAGACUGGUGCAAGUUGAAUUGGGAUUAAUAAAGAAACCAUGCUUUUUAAGUAACUAAUCGCAAAACGAAUUUACGAACUAAAUAAAUUAGUCCAGUGAAAUUCUUAAUUACUACUAUAUUAAGUAGCAUUUUAUAUGUAUUUGCGGUGCCUAAACUUUGAUUAAUUUAUAAGUUCCUUAAUUCAACUUUGUUGUGAUUUUUUUUUUUUUUUUUGUCAAAAGGUAUUUUUACAUCUUAAGAUUUAGGAUAUAAAAAAACGACACAUGAUUGUAAAGGUGUUGCUAAAUAAGAACCAGGCCAGAUAUUUUUGUACAUCAUGUGUAGAAUAUCAAUGAAUAUAAACAAGAAAGGAACGAUUGUCAACGGAGUGUUACUCUAAUCAAUCGUUUAUAUAUAACUACGUUCAAACACACUUGGCGAAGUUGAAUUUAACGAUACCAGUAUAAAUUAACCAGGGAAUUAACUUCGCUUAGUGUGUACAGAUUUAUAAUCGGAUAUUAUCUACGAUAGUCACAAACUUAGUGAGUAGACAACUGUGUUACAUUGUUUGUAUUAUAUAAGAAAAAAUAUUGUUGAAAUUAUAUCUUUAUACACA